AGCUUGACGGCGGCGCUGACCGCAGAUGGAUCCAGGAGGACGCAUGGAGCACGGACACCUCCGCGUCCCCGCAGCGCGUCCGGUCCAGGUGAGUCCUCCGCGGCGGCUGCUUGUGCCGCAGGGUCCAGAUGGCUGCAGGUUCGGUCGGUUCUGCUGGUUCUGCAGGUUCUGCAGGUUCUCUGGAGUCGGAAUGAAGUUCAGCAGCAUCUGCAGUGACGCGCAGAGACCUGCUGGUUCCUCCUGCAGCUGGUUUAUCAGCAGGAUGUCCAGGAAACAAACUGGACCCUGAGCGGAACAAGCGGUUCCGUGCGCAGCAGCGGUCCAGUGGACCUCCGCGGUCAUCGCUCAAGGACAGAACCGAGGAAAGGCGAGGUCACCAGAACCAAUCAGGUCUGCAGACUUUCAUUAACCCUCAGAGCUUCACUGCGCCUGCAGUCUGACAGGCUCAGAACUCCCUGGAUCCUCCAACUGGACCCUAUCGGAACCAGCAGGGACACAGCUUUUAAUGCGUUGGACUGAAACCAGAACCUGAGCAGAGGACGUGUAGAGAUCCGUUCAGCAGUUAACUGGAAAACUUUGAGCUGCCUGAGGAGAACCAGAGGAUCCACUGGACCUGCUCAGCACCGUUAUGGGACGGUUCAGGACGGGUUCAGGGCUCAUCAGAACCUGGGACAUCAGCUGGACUUUUCUACACCAUCCUCGCCCUGACCUCUCCGUUAUCAGCCCAAACCAGAAUCUCUGAUCCGGCCCGGGGACGACCCGCUUUGACUAACAGAACCAGGCAGAAGCCGAGUUUACCUGACAGGACCCGUCCAGGUGAACCCGGUGCAUCAUGGGAGGCUCCUCCUCUUCCUCCCUGACUGAGGAAGCUGACGGCGUUCCCCGGGGAGUGGACCUCCCUCCGUCCCCCGUCAUGGGGUGUCUGAGGAGCAGCCAGAGCAGCUUCAUCCCUCGCCAACUUCCUAGAGGUGGCCGGCACAGAGAGCGCAGUUUCUCCUCCGGCUCGGUGCCCGUGCAGAGGACCCAAUGGGCUUGUGGCUGCUGUACUUUCCUGAAUUCGGCCAGCGCCCCCCGCUGCACCAUCUGUGAAGCCCCGCGGCGAGGAUCCGACAGCCGCAGCUUGUGGCCGGGGGCCGGCAGAGGGGACGCCGGGUGGUCCUGUCCUCGCUGCACCUUCACCAACUCCCUCAGAAGCCUGUCCUGCUCCCUGUGCAGCUACAGCGGACCUCUGAGCCCGGCUCAGGACUCGCCCGGACCCCGGCUCCGACCCCAGCGCUCCAGCAGCUGCUCCGGGCCCCUGAGGCCCUCAUCGGCCGAGCAGAGCUUCAAAGCGUCGGGAGAAGCAGGUAGGAGCAGCCGGUCCUGGGACUGUUUGAGGUGCACCCUGCAGAACACGCCUGCCUCCGUGUCCUGCUCCGCCUGUGGCGGGCCGCGCAAACUGUCUCUGCCGCAGAUCCCGGCCGCGGCGCUGAUCGUGCCCGAAGUCUGCCGGGGGGCAGCACCCCGGCCCCCUGAAGCCGCCGCCGAGUCCGUUUCUCUCUCCAUAUCAACCCGAGGAGAGAGUCUACCCGCCGAGGCUUCCUAUCCACACCCCGACUCUGCAGCCCUCAGUCCGGGCCACAACGGUCCGCUUCCCUGCAGCCGCAGAGAGGUGCCGCCCCCAGAGGUCCGCCCCACGCAGACGCAGAGCAGCGACCCCCGUGUUCCCUCCCAGUCCGAGCUGCUGCUCAGCAGGAGGCUCAGUAUCCUGGAGGAGGAGAUGUCCCCGCUGUCCCCGGCCGCCUCCUUUCCAGCCGCCAGCGCCCGUCCCUCCGGCGCCGAGGAGUGGGCGUGCUCCACGUGCACGCUCAUCAACCAGGUGACGGCCAGGCAGUGCCAGGCCUGCCACGGCCCUCCGCCUCGCCUGGCUCGUCUGAAGGCGACGGUGCAGAGGAGGAAGGAGAGCGUGCUGGUGGAGGAGCGGCGGCAGAGUGACGAAGAGGAGGCCAGAGAGCUGUGGGAGAACGUGCUCCGCUUCUGCAGAGAGAACUCUGUCACAUUCGUGGACGACAGCUUCCCUCCCGGUCCCAAGUCUUUGGGCUUCCCGAUGGACGACGGCGUCCAGAACCGGGUCAGGAAGUGGCUCCGCCCUCAGGAGAUCUGCUGCAGCAGCUUCAGAGACCGAGGGGUCAGGUGGUCCGUCUUCAGGACGCUGCGGCCGUCGGACAUCCUGCAGGGACUUCUGGGAAACUGCUGGUUCCUGAGCGCCCUGGCGGUCCUGGCUGAGCGUCCCGACCUGGUGGAGAAGGUGAUGGUGACCCGAUCGAUGUGCGCCGAGGGAGCCUACCAGGUCCGUCUCUGCAAGGACGGGUCGUGGACCACGGUGCUGGUGGACGACAUGCUGCCGUGUGACGAGAACGGACACCUGCUGUUCUCUCAGGCUCAGAGGAAGCAGCUCUGGGUUGCUCUGAUCGAGAAAGCGCUGGCCAAGCUCCACGGGUCUUACUUUGCUCUGCAGGCGGGCCGGGCCAUCGAGGGCCUGUCCACCCUGACCGGGGCCCCCUGCGAGUCACUGGCUCUCCAGGUCAGCACCACCAACCCAAAGGAGGAGCCCAUCGACACGGACCUCAUCUGGGCCAAAAUGCUGAGCUCCAAAGAGGCAGGAUUCCUGAUGGGCGCGUCGUGCGGGGGAGGGAACAUGAAGGUGGACGACCUGGAGUACGAGUCUUUGGGUUUACGUCCUCGACACGCCUACUCCGUCCUGGAUGUGAGGGACAAGGACGGCCACAGACUGGUGCAGAUCCGGAACCCAUGGGGCCGGUUCUCCUGGACCGGAGCCUGGGCAGAUGAUUGGCCACAGUGGCCUCCACACCUGAAGAGGGCGCUGUGCGCCCAGCGAGCGGAGGACGGCGUGUUCUGGAUGGACUUCUGGGACUUCAUCAGGUACUUUGACUCUGUGGAUAUCUGUAAGAUCCACUCCAACUGGCAGGAGGUCCGGACUGCAGGAGUUUUCCCCCGAGGAUCCGACGUUCCGGUGACGGUGGUGUCGAUGACGGUUCUGGAGAGGACGGCCGUGGAGCUGGUUCUGUUCCAGCAGGGCAGCAGGCGCUGGGACACGGCAGAGAGCCACCUGUUGGACCUGUGUGUGCUGCUGUUCCGGGUCGCCUACGACGGCGCCGGGGCGCUGACGCUGGGCCGGCUGCUGGCCCACAGCCGGCGCUCCGUCAGGAGGUUCGUGGGCUGCGACGUGAUGCUGGAACCGGGCGAGUACGCCGUGUUGUGCUGCGCCUUCAACCACUGGAGCAGCUCGGCCGCAGAGGAGGCAGCGGCGCCCUGCAGACCCGAGGCACCCGGCUACGUCCUGGCCGUCUACAGCUCCAGACAGGUGAUGGUGGAGCAGGUGACGGCCGCCGGCGCCACCAUCGCUGACGCCAUCAUCCAGCUGGCCGAGACCAAAGGAGAGCGACACGAGGGCCGGGAGGGGAUGACCUGCUACUACCUGACGCACGGGUGGGCGGGGCUUAUCGUCAUGGUGGAGAACCGCCACCCGAGGCACCACCUGCACGUGUCCUGCGACUGCAGCGACAGCUUCAACGUGGUGUCGACCCGCAGCAGCCUGAGGACCGUGGACAGCGUCCCCCCCCUGCACCGACAGGUUCUGGUGGUUCUGUCCCAGCUGGAGGGGAACGCCGGCUUCUCCAUCACGCACAGACUGGCCCAUCGGAAGGCCGUCCAGGCGUCUCUGGGCAACUGGAGUCCCUCGAAGGCGUCCCACAGUCCGGCUCUGAGUCCAGAGACGGCGGGUCUGCACCAGCCGAGGCCGCUCUGAGGACCAGAGGUUUGGAGACAAGCAGCACAAGAAAAGAGCUUUUAAAUGACUCUACGGGUCCUGGAGCCGUUCCUGAAGGAGACCAGAACCAGUCUGCCAUGAGCUGGACCCUGGUUCCUGCUGUGAAGCUCCUGGCCUGAAGGACCUGCUGCAGCUCCAGGAUGCCCCUCCUGUCUGGUCCUAACCCAGCUAGAUGUUCUGCUCAGGGUUCCUGCUGAAUGGGUGAAGUAUGGGAAGCACUUUAUGAUGGAUUAUCCUUCGUUUCAACGCUGGAGGAAAUGUUUUCUAUCCUGAAACUGUAAUAAAAACUAUGCAAACAUGCA